AUGGCCAUCUUCAAAAACUUAAGCGUGGACUUAUCGUCCAAAUACGUCCUUGCGAGUGCACUAUUUGCUUUGUGCAUCUUAUACCCCAUUGGAGUUGCAAUCCAUCGUCUUUAUUUCAGUCGAUAUGCAAAGUUUCCAGGUCCAAAACUUGCUGCGUUGACGUAUGGUUACAUGCUUUACUAUGAUGUUUUUGCAGGAGAUGGGCAGUAUAUGUAUAAGAUUAAGGACUUGCAUGAGGAAUAUAGUAAGCGAAACCAUUCUCCUUUUACAGGUGCUCUAAGUGCGAGAUCGAAUAUUUACAGUGUGGAUUCAGAUAGUCCAAUUAUCCGGAUUUCUCCUCAUGAACUCCACGUCAUUGAUCCAGACUUCUACGAGGUUCUUUUCGCAGGAACUCACACCAAACGAGACAAACCACCAACUUGGUCACAAGCAUUGUCCCACCCCGAGUCUAUGUUUGGCACAAUCUCACAUGAGCAACACCGUGUUCGCCGUAAUGCUGUCAGCGCCUUCUUCUCCCCAGGCUCUCUUCGCCGACUCGAACCUUUAGUUCAAGAUUGCAUCUCUCGUCUAAUUGCAGUCUUCCGUCAGUACCAGAAAACUGGCGAGGUGAUCGAGAUGAAACCAGCCUUCGGCGCAAUGACAAGCGAUAUUAUCACAGAGUAUUGUUUUGGUACCACUGAAAACUACAUCGAGGCCCCUGGGUUUAAUGCUGCCGUUGUAGAGAGUACUGAGGCAAUGACGGAUAAGAUACAUAUCACCGUCCAAGCCCAAUGGCUUCCCCAUCUGCUCGAUCGCUUACCAGAUAGACUGGUGGCAAGUGUUCUUGGAUCCGGGAUGACGAAACUGAGUGAAAUGAAGCAUCAUUGCGUCAAGAAGAUUCAAGAGACGAUCAUUUCUCGAGGUGAUUUCAAAGACGUUAAAUAUCGAACAAUAUUUCAUGAUCUGCUUGAUAGUCCUAUCCUACCUGAAUCAGACAAAAGCGUGAGCAGGUUGUGGCAGGAGGCUCAAUUGCUACUGGGAGCGGGAACUGUUACCACCGCGACAUCAAUCUCAUCUGCUCUUGUUUACCUGUUGCUCGAUCCCAAGAGGAUGGGGGUGCUGUUGGAUGAGCUAGAAACUGCAAUGCCAGAUAUAACCAAGCCAAAAAGUGGCACUGAACUAGCACAAUUGCCGUAUCUGAGCGCGGUAGUUCACGAGGUUCUCCGGCUGGUGACUGGCGUCUCAUACCGUCUUGCUCGAUCAGCGCCACACGAGUCACUGCAGCUGGGAGAAUGGACCAUCCCACCUAACACAGCAGUCAGCAUGCACGCCCCCCUAAUCCACCACUCGCCAGAUGUCUACCCGGAGCCUUGGUCCUUCAUCCCCGAGCGCUGGCUCCCCACUCCCACACCAGCCGGUCUCCCAGAACGACCUGCGCACAUCCCGGCAGGAAACCACAAGUACCUUGUCCCGCUCUCUAAAGGGACUCGACAAUGCCUCGGGCAGCCACUUGCUUACGCGGAAGUCCACAUGACUAUAGCCUACAUUCUAAGGACCUUUGUGCGAGUGGAAAAGGAUGGAAACGGGGAAGUCACUGCCGUGAAAGGUAUGAGGUUGUAUGAUACUGAUAGAAGGGAUACGGAUUUGAAACGUGAGCUGGGGAUACCACAACCCGAGAAGGGGAGGGGAACGGCGAGAAUGAUAAUUGAGUGA